AUGUUGCAAACACUCAAUUUGAAAUGGGUUGGGUUCUUGAUAUUAUGUUUUAGCAAUAUUGCUGGCUACUUGUUGUUUCUACGAGGGUUUUUCCCUUCCAAAGUCGUUCUUCCAGGGUUCAACACCUUUUCUCAAGGAAACUCAUCCACGUCCCCGUUUCUAGAUGAAAAUGGCAAACCGCAUUUCAACAAGUUCAUUCUCAUGGUGGUGGACGCAAUGCGUUCAGAUUUCUGUUUUGGAGAGGAGUCGGGCUUCACGUUUGUGCAGGAUUUGAUCUCCCAAGGCCACGCCAUUCCAUUUACCGCGUUUUCGAACCCCCCCACGGUGACUCUACCACGUCUCAAGGGAAUCACAACUGGUGGCACGCCGAGUUUUCUCGACGCCAUAUUGAAUGUCGCAGACGACUACGAUGACUCCCAGGGCAUGUACAAUCAGGACUCGUGGAUACACCAGUUCAAGCUACAAAAUAAAAGCAUCAAUUUUUUCGGAGACGACACGUGGCUAAAACUAUUCCCUGACCAAUUCACCGAGUUUGAAGGAACAAACUCCUUUUUCGUGAGCGACUUUACCGAGGUGGAUCUCAAUGUGACUCGCCAUUUGGAUCGUCAAUUAAGCGAGGAUAAGGGGAAACAAGAUUGGGAUGGUUUGAUUUUGCAUUAUUUGGGCUUGGACCAUAUCGGACACAAGGGCGGUGCAAAGUCAAUAUACAUGAAGGACAAGCAGAAGGAAAUGGAUGCUAUUGCAAAGAGGCUUUACGAAUUCAUUGAAAAGAACAGUGACACUUUGUUUAUUCUAAUGGGUGACCAUGGAAUGAAUGACGUUGGCAACCAUGGAGGCUCCUCGGAGGGAGAAACUUCUGCUGCAAUGGUCUUGAUUUCGCCAAAACUUAAAGUGGACAGCAUAUCGCAGUCAAAACACCACCCAUCACUGGAAUACUCAUAUUAUCACAACAUUUUGCAAAUUGAUCUUGUGCCCAUGGUGGCUAGCUUGUUGAAUUUCCCAAUCCCAAAAAACUCGUUGGGGGUCCUUCCGCGAGAAAUACUUGGUCAGUGGCGUGAGGAGCAAUGGUCGGAUAUCAUGUUGGAGAACUGCCACCAAAUAAUGGAGCUCUAUGCUGCCAAGAACGGCCACGGCCAGGGCCACGGUCCCUUGUGGGAGAAAUGGCAAAAAUCCAUCAAUUCAACGCAACUGACUGACGCCUACUACGAACUUUUAGCAGAAGUGCAAAGCGAGUUGGCCUCUUCUGCUACCGAGUACAAUUACCAGGACAUUUAUCGGGGAACCACGAUUGUCAUCAUUUCGGCUAUAGCUGUUUUGGUUUGGUUCACCUUGUAUUUUUACCAAUUUGCAAAAUUGAGCCCCGCCAAGAUUGCAAUUUUCCCAAUUUUCACUCUUAUUUAUGCGAUUCACUUCCAUGGGUCAUCUUUGAUUGAAGAAGAGCACCAAAUCUGGACCUUUGCCACCUAUCUAGGCUGCUUUUGCAUGGGUACCUCGCUUUUGAAACUUUCUGAGAAAAGGCGCAAUUUUGCUUUGUUGCUUGCCUUGACCUCGAGUCUUCGAGUUCUCCAAUCUUGGAACCUAGCCGGUCAAAAAUGGCUUUCUGCGUAUACCAUCUCGGGGUUCUUGAGUCAGUCAAACGGGACACUUUUAUGGUUUCUAAUCACAUCGACGUAUUUGGUUUGCGCAGCUGUAACUGUAAUUCAAGCAAGAGAAAAUGAUGGACGAGUUAACAAGUUGGGUGCAUUAGGCGAUCGCAUUGGCUCGAUGGUAUUUUUUGUGGCUAUUUCAACCGCGACAUUGACAUCGUACCUGUUCAAAGCCGUCCAAUACUAUGUCGAUGGUGGAUCGUUGCCUCCAAUAUUGAACGAAUUUGUGCUCUGGAUUUUCAGCAAUUUUGGCAUUGAACUCAGCCUAGAAGCUAGCGCAACCGAUCCUCAUAUGAAGUUCCUUUUCCAAGCAGCCAGCAUCCAACUUUCUAGAUGGGCUCUGUACACUUUAGUUGCCGCGGCUGCGUUUAAUUUGCUUUGGCGGAGAUUGCAAAAUCAAAGUCAAGGACAAAGUCAGCGCGGCCGAGGCAACAUCACCCUCGUCGCAAACACCCUCACGCUUUUCUUGAUCCAUCAAACAAGAGCCACAAACAUUCCCUUGUUCUUAUUCUGCAUGGUGGCAAAGUUUUCAAUGUCGAAAUUCGUGACAGCUUAUUACUCCUCAAACAUUGACCAGCGAAUCCUUGUCAUUGCGGCGCUGACUAUAGUCUUGCAGAACUUUACAUUCUUUGCCACGGGCAACACCAACUCGUUGGCGACUGUCGAUUUGACAAACGCGUACAACGGCAUACUGUCCUAUAAUGUUAUUUCUGUCGGGGUAUUGACCUUUGUAUCGAAUUUUGCAGGCCCUCUUUUCUGGUCCCUUUCAUCGUUGCAGUUGAUUUACGAGCCAAGCGUGACAUCAUUCGAGAAGGACUCCAAAGUCGACUUGACCAACUAUGCAGGGUUAAAGAACUCGGUUCUCCUAGUCAAGUCGCUUGUCCUGCUAUUCUUUUAUUCGAUAUCAGCUGUGAGCUUGAUGGUAUCGUGCAUAAACUUGAGGUUUCACCUUUUUGUCUGGACAGUAUUUUCUCCGAAAUUGUUGUACUUCGGAAGCUGGAUGGUCUUUGUUAAUUUACUAACGGACAUUAUUGUUUCUACAAUCACUCUUUGCAUUUAA